AGCCACACAUACAUACAUAUACAUAUGUGCAUACACAUUUAAGAAAGGAUAUGUUGUAGAUGGUGAGGGAGCGGGUAUAAAAAUGAGAGAUAGAGAAAAAGAGAGAGCGAGAAGUGGCAGGGUGAGUGACACAAGCCUUGUUAGGGGUUGUUCAACGUGAAGAAGAAGCAGAGAACGCAGAAAUAUAUAUUAUAUAUGUGUAUACGGAAGCAACGCGGCUAAAACGGGAAUGGCCAAAAAAUGCUCAAAAAUGAUUUACACAUACGUCAAAAAAAAUAAAAUGCCAAAUAAUAGAAUAAAUAAAGUGAACGGUCUACAAAAACAGGUAGCUUUGUAAAAAAAAAGAAGCAGAAGAGGAAUCCAAAGGCAAAUGCCAAAUCAGCGUAUGUGUGUAUGUAUACGUGUAAAGUCUAGAUCGCUAUAUACACACAACACAUGCAUAAUUUUCGUUUACACGGAAAUUGAAUCACGGUUUCGAAUGGAAUAUCAUAAAGAGCAUUUUAGCUGAAAAUAAACAAAAUACUCGAAAAUGAGAAUGGCGCAUGGGCGACAAGUGGGAAAAUGCCGUUGAUGUUAUAAUUAUUGUUCAAUUUGUCUGUCGGCAUUAUUCGUUGCAUCCUAUCAAAAGACAAUAUAAGAAAUCAACAAUCAGUGUUAUUAGUGUUCGAAAAUGUCGCAAAUGCUCAACAACAUCAACAUUAAUGUUAAUAUGACGGAUUCAAUGCGCAAACUAAAUCAGCAUCAAAUGAUUGAGCAGGUGAAUAAAGUGCAUCAGCAUCAGCAGCCACUGCCACUGUCCGAUGAUCCGCGCACCUUGCAGCUGGCCUUGGAACUGACAAUGGUCGGCUUAAGCGAGACAAACAAUCAAAAUUACAGCGCACAACAACAACAGCAGCAGCAGCAUGAAUUCGAUUUGGGUUCGUUAAAUGUUGUCUCUGCUGCUUUUGCACGAACUGAGCUUGCGACGAGCGGCAGUUCGGGUCUGUUGAUGCCCAGCGUUGGACUCGAGGACAGAUCGAAGAAGUCACAAAAUAUGACCGAAUGUGUUCCAGUGCCAAGUUCCGAACAUGUUGCCGAAAUCGUAGGCAGACAAGGUUGCAAGAUAAAAGCCCUACGGGCGAAGACGAACACGUACAUCAAGACCCCGGUACGGGGAGAGGAGCCCGUGUUCGUGGUGACCGGUCGCAAGGAGGACGUGAACAAGGCCAAACGGGAAAUACUCUCGGCAGCCGAUCAUUUCAGUUUGAUACGAGCGUCGCGCAAACCUUCGAUUGACGGAGCGAGCAACUGCAAUAGCACCAGCACCAGCAAUAACAGCGGGAAUAACAGCAGCAAUAACAGCACAACAACAGCUGUUGGCGGCUCAUCUUCAUUGGCCGUUGGCAUUGUGUCGCGUGCUCAGUCGGGUCCGCCGUGUCUGCCCGGUCAGAUCACGAUACAGGUGCGCGUGCCGUAUCGAGUUGUUGGUCUCGUUGUCGGUCCCAAAGGCGCAACAAUUAAGCACAUUCAGCAGGAGACACAAACGUACAUUGUGACCCCCUCGCGGGAAAAGGAACCGAUUUUUGAGGUCACCGGUUUGCCGGAAAAUGUGGAAACGGCACGCAAACAAAUCGAAGCACAUAUUGCAUUGCGCACCGGCAACAACAACAACAGUGCUGGGCACCUGAAUGAGAACGCCUCGGUUGCUGGCAGUGAAUCAUUGGAUUCGUCUGAAUUUGCUGCAAUGCAUACGAUAAACACCCUGAGUCAGAUAUUGAACGAUGAUCUCAAUUCCGAUUUGUUGUCAUCGAUUUAUAAGAACGAUAUAUCCAAUUAUGGCGACAAUUCCAUAAAUAUGCCAGUUCAUAAUUUAGUUGGCUGUUUUGCCAAUUCGGAACUAGUUGCAGGAACUGCAACGGGAGCAGCAGUAGCAGGUUUAUCAGCCACAGGCCUAACAGCAGCAGAUUCAAAUUUCUCACUGUUGCCUACUGAGUUGAACGAUCAACAGCAACAGCAGCAACAACAGCAACAACAGCAACAACAACAGCAGCAACAACAGCAGCAACAACAGCAACACACAAAAUAUCGCACAUCGAAAAGUUUAACAUUUUGCCCAGCAGCAGCCACAGCCACAGUUGCAGCAACCACUGUUGUUGCAUCGAACAUGUUGACGCGCUCAUGUUCGUCGGCCUCCUCAACAGCGUCCACAAAGAGCACCAAUAACAGUGCCAAUAGCAGCAUUAAUACACCGCCCGAACUGUUAAACAUAUGGAAGAAUUUAAACGAUUCAAUUGAUGUGGACGAAGGCAUUGGUGACUCGCCCAGUAUUUGGAGUCUGCCCACGACAGAUAGACAGAUAGUAACAGCGGCUGCCAACUGUUCACCGAGUGCAUCGAUCAGUCCAACUGACUCGCUGUUAACCGAGCACAGCCUGAAACUUAACAGCAGCAGCAACUGUAACAGCAGCAACAGCAACUGUAAUCCAACCGUUAACAGUCAGUCACGUAUGAGCGCGGACAAGUUGCAUCGCGAGUGUUUUGUGUGCAACGAACGGGAAGUGACAACGGCUUUGGUGCCCUGUGGACACAACAUGUUCUGCAUGGAUUGCGCUAAUCAGAUUUGUGUCUCCAUUGAAUCCAUUUGUCCCAUUUGCCAUUCGAUCGUUUAUCACGCUAUGCGCAUUUUAGCCUAAGCAAACAGCAGCGGUCAAAAAAUUGGAAAGUUGAAUUUAAACACAAACAAAUCAAUACUGAAUUUAAGUAAACAUUU